GUGCAUGUCUCUCUUGGCCAUAUUUUACAGUUGAUGAACGUCUGCUCCAGGACUUUAGGUGUAGGCUACCUGGUAUGAAUGAAUAAUAUCGUAUGCAAACGAAUGCACAUUAUAGUGAAUGUUGAUCUCAGUACGUCCCUACACAUGAUGCUCUCCUAGCGCCCCUAUUUUUUUAUGUGCCACUUAGUUGUAUCCUGUGAACAUAUGCCUUAUGCUGCCCCCACUGAAAGAUUAGUUAGUUGUCAGGUAGAUAUUGCUCACGUCCCCAACAAUGCUGUGGUACGGCCGGCCAUCUGUCGCAGUGUGAAUGGAACUGUCAGUUGGUCCGUCUGUAAACCAGGCCUGACUCAUGACUGAGUACUACGAGGAGGGGGGGCUGCUGUACGAGCACUCACCUCCCAUGCACAUCAAAGUGGAGUCUCCGGAGGGACCCUUCGGAGGAGGCGUCUCAGAGGACGGCUUUCCCAGGGAGGAUGAGGACUCGGAAGGCAGCUGUGACCAAAGCAGCGGGCUGCCUGGUGGACUCCCCUUCAACGUGGUGGUGGUGCAUCCUAACAUCAUGACCCCUGGCAUGUCCUCAGAUGACCUCCUAUCCAUGGAACAGCCAGGGGGUGCAGGAAAGAGGAAGAGUCGUUUUAGCGGUGCAGAGCUGGAGGUGCUGGUUUCUGAGGUGACGCGGUGUGAGGGAGAGCUUUUUGGUCCUGCUGGGAGGCUCCGGCGCAGGGAGAGAGAGAGGAUCUGGGCAGGGAUCCUGGAGCGGGUCAAUGCUGUGUCCAGAGUCCCUCGCACCCUCCGCGAGGUCAAGAAGCGCUGGGACGACCUGAAGAGACGCAAUGGAGGCAGGCUGGCAGACGCUAGGCACCGCACUUGUUACCUGCCAUCCAACAGAGGGGCUUCCAUGCUGGGACUGUCAGCUCAGGCAAGCCCCAGGCUUCACCAGGCCAGACAGAAGCAAAGCUCCAGAGGGAAGGCCAGUUUCACGUGCUUCACUGAUACAGAACCAGUGGGUGGAGGUGAAGGGUUGGAGAGGGAUGGCUUUGAGAAGGAUGAGGAUAGUGGUGAGCGGGAAGUGGAGGUGGGAGAGGCGGAAUGCGAGGGGGCAGAGAGCAGUAUGGAGGAAAAGCUGGGUUUCGGACUGGGACUGGGGAUAGGACCUCCCCCUAACUCGGAACGCUGGCUGCCUCCCUCUCCCCUCUACAGCGCCCCUUUCCUCAAUGGGACCCCUCAGCCUAGUCCCCAGCCAUCACUAGGGGCCCAGCAGGGACCAUUGGAGGCCCCUCCUCGCGGCUUAUGGCUGGAGGACGAGCUCCGCGGCAUGGGGGAGGCAGCUCUGCAGCUGGGGGAUCGGGUUGAGCAGAGUCUUCGGGAGUUUGGGGAGGGAUUCAGACGUGAUAUGAGAACAUUAGUGGCUUCUCAAGAGGCACUGGCAACCAGCCUACAGCAAAACAAUGUUCUCCUGCAAAGGCUGCUGGGAGUCCUAGAGGCACAGCAGCAGCAGCAACAACAACAACCACCACAGCAGCAGCCACAUCAUUCCCAAAAACAACAGCCACAACAGUCAAUAAUGCAGCAACCACAACAGUUACAGCAGCAGAAACCACAGCCUCAACAACCAAUUCAGCAACAGAUACAGCAAACAGCAUCCAACAACAGAUUCAACCACAACAGCAACAACUGUUACUACAGCAACCCCAACUGGUGCAGCAGCAACAACAACAGAUACAACUGCUACCACAGCAACCACAGCAGCACCACCCCCAGAGUCCAAGUAAUCAACCAACUUUAG